GCGGCCGCCGCGACUGGGCGCGCGCGGCCCGGGCCGGCGGCGCCUGGACGGCGCCCUGGCUCGGCCCGCCCCCCGACGAGGCCAUGACGCGCGCGCUCCUCGGGGGCUUCGAGGCCGCGGCCAAGCCGGGCCCCGAGGUCGCGACGCCGCCCGGGUCGCCGCGCCCCAAGGGCAAGGGCGGCGGCCCGCCGCCGGCGUCGCCCGCGACGCCGCACACGGCGGCGAUGACGGCGCCGCUGGCGCCAUCGGUGCGCACGCACGACUACCCGUCCGACUUCCUCGAGAAGUGGGCCGAGGCCGCGGGCUGCCGCGCCGUCGCCGACAAGCUGCCGCCGCACGCGAUGCCCGUGGGCGCGGCGCAGAUCUCCGCGUGCCUGGAGCACCUCGCGCCGCUGGCGCCGCGGCUGCGCCAGGUCGUCGCCGUGCCGGCCUGGGACGGCAAGCGCAUCAUCGGCUACGCGCUGCUCCACGGGCUGCCGCCGGCCUCGGCGCUCCGGAGCCGCGUUGCCGCGACGCCGCCGCCGCUCGCGCUGCCGCCGCCCGCGGAGCGCGGCGAGUCGACGAGCUCCGGCGCCGCGAGCCCGGCGCCGGACUCGGACGACGACGUCGGCUUCGCCCGCGCGCCCGCGACGCCCGCGAAGGCGUCCAAGGCGUCGCUCGACUCGCGCGCGCGCGCGAUCCGCGCCGCGCUCGGCGCCGCGGGCGCGACGAAGUCGUCGUUGGACCUCGCGCUGCCCCUCGACGACGGCACGGCGCGGGAUUUGUGCGACGGCGUCGGCCCCGCGCUCCGCCGGGCGUCGCCGCGGCCCGCGGAGUCGCCGCGGAAGCCGAGCCGCCGGUCGCGCGGCCGGCGCCGCGCCGCGGACGGCGCCGCGGGCCGGGCGACGUCCGCGUCGGACCUGGCCCUCUUCGACGCGGGCCUGCGGGCGCCCCUCGAGGCCCUCGUGUCCACGCUCUACCUCGCGUCCGUCAAGGACGCGAACCCGCUCCACGCGAUCGAGCUGUUGGCGUCGGCCGCGUGCCAGGGCCGGCGGACGCUGUUGCCCUGGUCCGGCGAGUGGGCGGACCCCCAGGCCGUGGGCAACGGCGGCGACGACGACCCCUGCGAGGCCAUGGCCGAGGAGAUGGGGCUCGACAUCCUCGACGUCGCGGGCGCGGUGCACCGGGGCCGCGAGUUCGUCGAACCCGUGCUCGAGCUGGGCCUCGG